AUGGGCCGGGCGUGCGAGUUGAACCGGGUGCGGCCCAGGCGCCCGCCUGAUCAAGGUUGCGUCGAGCUCAAGUCAAUUCAAUUUGGAUCUCUGCUACCGCGACUGCGGCGUUUUCCUUGGCGAAAGGCGGGACCAGCGUUGGCAUCUUCCUCCGUCGAGCUCUUAUCACUGCGGCGUUUUACUCGGCGAACGGUGCAUGCUGCGGCUUCCUCUCCGUCGGCGAACGGUGACAGCGCCCGGUAUCUCUAUCUUAGUCCUCCUCCUCCUCCUUGGCCGUCGCACAAUCCCUUCUCCUCCCUCCUCCUCCCUCUUCCCCCUUUCGGCGCAGCUCUCCCGCUUCCCCGACACCAUCCUCCUCCUCCCUCCUCCCUCUUUCACCCGGUCAGCGCAGCCCCCCGCCCCUCUCUCCCGCUUUCGUCGCAAGCUCGCCCCCUUCCCCGGCACCAUCCUUCUCCUCCUUCCUCCCUCUUCCCUCUUCCCCCCAAUUUUUCUUCGUUUUUCUUCCUCGACACCAUCCUCGCCCUCCCUUCUCGUUCCUCCUCCCUCCUCCCUCUUCCCCCUGUUCAUCGCAGUCCCUCGACCCCUCGCCUCGUCGCAACCCCCUUCGCAGGCCCCUUCUUCCUCUUCCCCUCCUCGUCGCUGCUCCCAGACCACAGCCCCGUCUUCUUCCUCCUCCUCACUCCUCCUUUCUGUAUUUGUGACUGCUCUGGUUCACUGACCUCAGAUUGUGAGUUUUAUCAGUCUCAGAUGUUCAAUGUUCUGAAAAUGCGUGCAUGUCAUGUACGAGAAUUUACUUUGGGGAAAUAG